AUGCUAAAGCUACCCAAAGGCCUUAAAAAGAAGAAAAAGGGAAAAAAAUCCAAGCGUAAAGGAGAAGAGGAGCUUUUUACGGAAGAGGAAUUAGAAAAGUACAGAAGAGAGCAUCAACAGCAAAGUGCUGAAAACAGUGAAGGAACUGUCAAAGAAAAUGAAGAGUGGUCUAAAUUCAAAGAUUUGACAACUGGCAUAGAUUCUGUUCUUAAGAAAACGCAAGGUGAUCUUGAUCGAAUUAAAUCUACUUCCUUUUUUCAACGCGUCCCGGCAGGACCAAAAAAAGUUGAAUCGAAAGAAAAGGAAGUUCCACACAGGCCUGUAGUUGAGAUCACAGAAGCAGAUUUUCCACAGCUAGUUCAGUCUUCUGCCACAGAAGCGGACGACGGUAAUAAAAGUGAAUACGGAGUUACAGACGACGAGUCUGAGGAGGAAGACCAAGACGAUAUUUUUGAUACUUCUUAUGUAGAAGCAGUUGAACGCGGAGAGGUAAAACUCGCAUAUGUACCUGAUUCACCCGAAGAAUUUCAAGACGAUGAUAUUUUUGACACAUCACACGUUGAUGCAUUAAUAAAAGGGCAAGAAACUAAAAGUUCUAAGGGAAAACAAGGGCUCGAUAUCGGGUUAGCUGUUGGUGUACUCACUGGUAGAAUAGACAAUGUUACUGUCACUACGAAGAGACCUAAAAGAGUGAUUCCUGGUGAUUUGUUACUAGAAAAUACUGACGGACAAGAAGUCGAGCGACGAAUCGAAGCAGUAGUUCAAAGUGAACCUGUUGAAAAAAGUAUACUCGAUAUUGACGCUGAUAUUCCUAUUACAACACCCAUUGAUCUAAGCGUAUCUCUUCACACAUCUUUGAUACAACAAAAUAAAAGAAGUGAUCAAGAAAUUUUGUCAACACCUGAUGUCAUAAAUACUGAAAAUCCAUCUGCGGAGGAAGAAUUUGACGAGUUUACACUUCUUGCUACAAAAUCACUAGAAGUUGGUUCCGAAGUUAUAAAAUUAGUGGAAAACGAUUUAAUAUUAGAACCUGUUGUACAGGAAUCUUGGUCCGCUUUUGAAGCAGAUAAACAUGAAGCAGUGUUCGGAGCUUCCAUAGUUGAAGAUCAGAUUGAUGACCCAUACCUAGAAGAUGAUGAUCCAUUCGAUACAAGUUUUGCUGACGCUGUAAUUCCUUCAUCUCAAAUUCAAGUUAAAAAAGAAGUAGCGAUUUUAGAAGACGACGACGAUUUUGAUCCUCGCGCGGACGAUGUAUAUUUCAGAUUAAAUAAUAGACGCAAAUCUUCAGUUCGCAUUCAUCUUACAGAUCCUUCAGGUCUACGAGAAUCUAUUACAUCAGAUGAUAUUAUUGACAAAGAGAGAACUCCAGUAGUCCAGGACCUUCUGGGUGGAAGCACUACUGAUUUAACACAGUUAGGCGAUUCGCCUUUAAAUCCCAUUGAUGUAAAUAGUUGUGAGUUUGAUCCUUUUGAUACUACUAUCGUUGAUCGAAUUGUCGCACCGGGUAAAGUUGAACUAAAGCUAUUAGAACAAGAGCUGAUUAGUUCAAUUAUUUCACCAGUUUAUAGGGUACCAAGCGAUCCCGAUUUUGAUCCAAGAGCUGAUGAACCAAAAAAAACAGAAAGACGAGCAUCUCGUCCUGAAAAUCUUACUGUUAGUAAAAAUGUUGUUUUUGACCUAGAUUCGGAUACAGGUAUCGAUUCGAAUUCUAAGAUUAAAACUGCAAAACCUCUAACUCCAUACUAUACUCGAGAAUUAUCCAUUACCGAAGACAUUGAAGAAGCUGAAGCAGCUGACACCGUGCCCGAAGUUUUAAAACGCACGCGGUCUGACGAAGAGCUCAACCAAAAACUUAAUUAUCAAAACAGAAGGAGACAUUCUGAAUAUUCUCAAUUGAGUAAUAUUCAAUUAAAAGCCAGUGACUUGCUUCAUAGUGCUCAAACUGACAUCAAGACCAAAGUACUGACGCCUUCGGAACCUGAAAGAGUUUCUGUACAGGUUGACCCCUUCGAUACUUCUUUCGCGAGUAAUAUCGCUCCAAGUAAAACCGAAUUAAAGCUACUAGCUACAGAAUUUUCUUGCGAAGAAUCAAACGAAGACGAUAAAGAUCGCGAUUUUUUAGAUCCUACUUACGAUAUUUUUCAACCAAAAGCUCUAACUCCGGAACCAUCGGACGUUACUAGGUUACCACCACAAGAUUUGGAUCCGUUUGAUACAUCAUUCGCGGGUGAUCUUAAUCCAGGGAAAACUGAACUGAAGUUGUUAGAGUCCGAACUGUUAGGUUAA